AUGGCGCCAUUAAAACUUUGAGCCGAAAACCUCUAACAAGAAACACAUGAAAUCUCGAAGUUAAAAGAAAAGAAUUAUACGGAAUCCACGCGUCAAAAGCCUUCAGAGACAAUUGGGUGGGAAGGAAGGUGAGUCUUGUAAUCACUCCAAGCUUAAGUCCCAAGGCCACGUCCGCCUGUCGUUGAACCCAACUUCCCCACAAACGAUACGUCCAAAGUCUCCUCUCUCCCUUCCUCUCUCUCUCUCUCUCUCUCUCUCUCUCUCUCUUCCCAUAUAAACUCCAAAUUUCUUCCGUUUUUUCUACACCCAUCUCUCUCUCCUUUCCUCUUUCCCUUUUCUUUUCGUAUAUAUAUAUAUAUAAACGGCAGGCCCCUUCUGCUUGAUCAUCUUGUUUCAAUAUGUCUUUCCACAAGCCCAGAUUUUCAAGGUCAUCAGUAGCAGUAGCUGAUGCUGCUUCGUGUUACUGUGCUGUUAUUCUGGUGGCUUUAAUCCUCUUGGCCUCUGUCAGAGAGUAUUCUUCUCUCCCCACAGACGAGUCGGUGAAGGGGCACCAACUUCUGGCGCGGCCAUGUGAUGAAAUCUAUGUUGUUGGAGAAGGAGAAACCCUCCACACCAUCAGCGACAAGUGUGGAGACCCGUAUAUAGUCGAGCAGAAUCCACAUAUCCAUGACCCAGAUGAUGUCUUUCCUGGACUUGUCAUCAAAAUCACUCCUUCAAAGCAGAGGAAGCUGCUGAGGUAGUUUAUACCUUUUGAUUACAAGGUUGUAUUAUAAGGAGAAUCGAUUCUCAUAGGAAGCUAGAACCCUUCUUUUUUCUAUACUUUUUCUUUUUCUUUUUGGUUGAUGUAAAGGACCCAGCCACAUGAUGGUGCCUGAAAUAAGUUCAUGGGCCGCUGCUGUUUCCCUUCUUUGUUAUAUAUAUAUAUAUAUAUAUAUCGAUAUAUAUAUAGAAAAAGAAAAAAAGUCCUUUCAAUA